ACACACUUGAACCGCGGCGCUCUGCCGUACGGCUUCCUCCGCCGUUGGAUCCGUGGGCUUAUCGGACGGCCCCAGGCGGGUAGCCGGAUGUGGGGAAAUACUCUGGUGCUCUUGCGAGCACAAAAGGCCAACUUUUCCAAUGUGGGUAAUCUCAGGGAUCUUGUCCUAGUCUUCUCUUCUUCCAAUCUCUUCUUUCUUUCUAUCAUUGCUUCCUUCUAUUUCUUCUUCCGUCAGCAUCGAUUCCUUCUCGCGGGUAGAGUCGUUUUUAUCACUGAUUGGUCGAUUUCUUCUCCAAUCUUUACGAAUUGGCUCUAUCUCUUCCAUUCAUGAGCGAUUGUUCUCUUGCUCUUGUCAAUUCAUUCUUGUUUCUACCAAUCAAUCGAUCGCUGAAUUGAUUCGAGCCUCGCGCCUCGCUUGCGAUGAAGCCUUCCAAAUCCAGCACCAGGCCCGCGAUCAAAGUGAUCUCCGACAACAUCCCCAUGACAAUCGGCGCCAUUCUCACAGGAUUCCUCAUCUGGAGCUUCGUGCUGGCGCCAUACGCGUCCAAUUCCCCGGUGGAAUCCGAGGAGGAAGAAGCCCACCACCAAUUCGCUGCUGCCGCUAGUGGCGACGCAUCCAGGCACCCACUCUCCUUUAAAUCUCCCUCUUCCUCCAAAAGCUCCAAGAGCUCUUCUUCUUCUUCUUCUUACUCGCACGCCACGCAGUACAUGCCCGAGCGCACAGACCUCGAAUUCCUCCUCAACAAGUCCCUCGCGAUCGAUCCCCUGCUCAACACGUCCUUCGCAUUGGGACCUCGAAUCACCGACUGGGACGAGCAGCGAUCGCGCUGGUUUGCCGACCACAACCAAGAUCGCGAUCCCUCCAAGCUCUUGCUCGUCACUGGCUCCCAGCCCCAUCCAUGCCUCAACACUCUGGGCGAUUACAUGCUCCUGCGAUCCACCAAGAACAAGAUCGACUACUGCCGCCUCCACGGCAUCGAGUUGUUCUACAACGCCGCCACUUUCUCGUCCGAUCUCCCCAGCUGGUGGGUCAAGCUCCCGCUGCUGCGAUCCUGGAUGAUCGCGCGCCCGGACGUGGAGUGGUUCUGGUGGAUGGACAGCGACGCCGUUUUCACCGACAUGGCCUUCUCCAUCCCUCUGGAUCGCUACAAGGAUCACAACUUCGUGCUCCAUGGCUGGGAUCAUCUCAUCUACGGCGAGAGGAAGUGGACGGGGCUCAACAUGGGAAUCUUCCUCGUGAGGAACUGCCAGUGGACGAUGGAUCUGCUGGACACGUGGGCGCCCAUGGGAUUCCGGGGGAUCGUGGCCGAUAGAAUCGGCAAGGUCCUCACGCUGGCUCUUUCCGGCCGCCCGGAAGAUUUCGAAUCGGACGACCAAGGCGCGUUUAUUUACUUGCUCAAUGCCGAUCGUGCGGCGUGGGGCUCGCGCGUCUACCUCGAGAACGCUUACUACUUGAAUGGCUACUGGAAGGAUCUAGUGGAGAGAUACGAGGAGUUUGCGAAGAACAGCCACCCGGGAUUUGGGGACGAUCGCUGGCCCUUUGUCACGCACUUCACGGGAUGCCAGAUUUGCAGCGGCAAGAUCAACAAUGUCUACACUCCGGAAGAGUGUAGGAGGCAAAUGGAUCGCGCGCUGUUCUUCGCGGAUAACCAGAUCUUGCAGGGGAUUGGAUAUGUCCAUCCCAGCCUCGCGACGCACGAGAUCGUGGCUGCUGCCAAGAGCAGCGACGAGCAAACUUGAUGGAUUCGCUCACCGGUGAGUGAAUCCAAUGGAUCAAUUAUACAAGAAGCAAUGGAUUGUGACAAGCUCGAUCGAGUCGAUGAGAUAUAUUGGAUCAAUCGAUUGGUUGCUCAUAGGAUUCGUAUGUGA